ACCAUAAUGAGGCAAAGGAAGUAUAAUCAUACCAUUGUUUAUUAAUGUAUCUCAUUCAUACAUGAUACAUCUAUAGUUGAGCAUUGUCUUUCAUGGUAAGCCCUCAAUGAAAAUAGAAGAAUAGAGAAAGAGAGAGAGAGAGAGAUGGCGGAAGCAGCAACGGAGUUCCUGCUUAACAACCUGAAGGAGGUAGUGAAGCACCACAUCCAUCUAAUUGUAGACGCCAAGGACAACAUCGAAAAGCUCGAAAGGGAUCUCAACGCCUUCAAGGCCUUCCUCACUGACACCGCGAAGAUCCGGAAGAAGGAUGAGAAGAUAAUGAACAUGUGGAAGGAGAUUCACGAUGUGGUCUACGAGAUCGAAGAUGUCAUUGAUUUCUACAUCGCAAAGACCAACGAGAAAGGGCGCCAGAGCCGUUUCUCCAAACUCAUGAAGAAUCGCGCAGCGACUCUCCACGAGGUUGGCCAGAAGGUUGACAACAUCAAAGGCAGGGUGGAUGUGAUGAAGGAGGAAAUCAGUGCCCACAAAGUCGACCAACACGAAGAUGAAACAUCUCAGACUCGACCGCCCAGAAAGACGGAUGUGGUGGGCUUUGAAGAAGAGACGAACGAGCUCAGACAACAACUGCUUAAAGAAACUGACUAUUUUGAUGUGAUUUCUCUGAUUGGUAUGUUUGGUCUGGGCAAGACAACGCUCGCAUGGAAGAUUUAUAAUGAUAAAGAUAUCAACUUAAGGUUCCCCACUCGUAUAUGGGUUUCUGUUUCAGCACAGUUCACAGACAGAGAAAUCUUUCUUCGCAUUCUCAACGAGUUGACCACCCUAGACGACGAUCUACGCGCCAAAACUGGAAGUCAAUUAGCUGAUAUCGUUGCCACUUAUCUCCAGCACGGAAGAUUCCUAAUCGUGUUGGAUGAUGUAUGGAGCGAAGCUGAUUGGGAAAGACUUCGCGCGGCUUUGCCACCUGACAAUACAAACACAGGAGGUAAGGUCUUGAUCACUAGCCGUCUUAAGGAAGUGGGAAUCGUUGCUAGUAAGCCAAGACCUAUCAAGGAGUUGCGUUUCUUUAAUCCAGAAGAAAGCUGGGAGCUGUUCCAGUUGGAGGCACUCGGCAAGCUGGAAUGCCCUUAUGAAUUGGAACCAUCCGGACGAAUAAUUGCAGAGAAUUGUGAUGGACUGCCACUUGCGAUAGUAGUCAUAGGAGGCAUUCUUUUCAAGUCUUUAGACACAAAUGUGAAUGCAACAAAAAGAGAAUGGGAAAAGGUGUCCAAACAUGUGAGCUCAUAUAUUGAUGGGGAGGACAAGACGACAAAGCGCAUGCAAAAAAUCAUAACUUUGAGUUAUGAGAAUUUACCUCACCACUUGCGCCAUUGUUUUCUUUAUUUGGGGUUGUUCCCGGAAGACUAUCACAUUUCAGCAUCAAAAUUGAUCCGCAUGUGGAUUGGAGAAGGAUUCAUACAACAAAAGGAUGAUUACAACUCACAGGAGGAGAUAGGAUACAAGUAUUUGCAGAAUCUUAUCAAUAGAAACUUACUCAAAUCUCUCAAGUUAACACCUGAUGGAAAUGUCAAAACAUGCCAGAUUCAUGAUGUCUUGCGUGAUUUCUGCCGGAAUGAAGCUGCAACUGAAAAUUUUCUCCAAGAAAUCAAGUACAACAACGAAGGAAUACGUGUGCCUCCAACCUCAAAUACAUGCCGCCGUCUUUCUAUUCAUUCCAAUUUGUCCUACUAUAUCUCAUCAAAACCUUCUGCUCCUCGUGUCCGCUCAUUUGUUUGUUUUUCCGACAGUAACCAUCAAUUGGCUCCACAAGAGAGCACAAAAAUCAUUGAAGCCUUUAAACUGCUCAGAGUUUUUGAUGUUCAACCCUUGAAAUUCACCACAAUUGACAAAGAGUUCUACAAUUUGGUACACUUGAGAUACAUUGCCCUGUCAUUCACGUUGCCAACGCUUCCUUCACAUUUCAACAAGCUUUGGAACAUUCAAACACUUAUCAUUGACACCACAUCUCCAACCCUUAAAGUUGAAGCCGACAUAUGGAAGAUGAAGCACUUGAGGCAUUUUAAGACAAAAGCCUCUGCCAGAUUGCUCAACUCGACUAAUAGCUCUGAUAGUGCAGAUGAGCUUCAAACACUGAGCUUAAUCUCAGCGGAAAGUUGCACCAAGGAACUUCCUAGCCGGGCGCGCAAUCUGAAGAAAUUAGGCAUCCGUGGGACACUGUCGUUGCUUUUCAAACGAGAGGUUGGAUCUCUUGAUAGUUUGAGGAACAUGGAAAAUCUCAGAAAGCUGAAACUAGUAAACGAUGAACAACAAGAAGUGAAUAAACUGAAUUGCCUCCCUCGAUAUGAUCAGUUCCCACCUGGACUUAGGAGCCUCACACUCUGCUCUACUUCCCUCAGUUGGAUGCAUAUCUCUACCCUUGGAUCGCUCGAGAAUCUUGAGGUGCUCAAGCUGAAAGAUCGCGCAUUUACUGGUAACACCUGGGAUGUAAAAGAUGGAGGCUUUCGCUCUCUUCAGUUCUUGCAUAUUGAACAGACUGAUUUAGCUUUUUGGAGGGCUUCUUCCCAUCACUACCCCAAGCUUAGAAACCUUGUCCUCAACAACUGUGACAAGCUUCGUGAAAUUCCCAUCGAGCUUGCUGACAUAUCAAGCUUCCAAAUGUUGGAGAUGCAUACUUGCUUCCUUGCAGUUAAAUCUGCCAAAGAGAUUAAAAACAAAAAGACCAAAUCUGGAGGCCCUGAAUUCACGCUCUCCGCCUUUCCUCCUAUUGAUUGAUCAAGUUUUAUCUAUCUUGCCUGCAUCCGUCUCACUUUUCAAGCUUCAGAUCAGGUGCCGGUGCAGGCUGGCUGGCUUGAAUAACUGUUGCACUACAAGUGCUCUUCACAUUGUUGUCUUAAACUGUUUCCAUUCUUCAAAUAACCAAGCGUGUUCGCUUGGAUUGGAAUAAAUCCCGCACUUGAUGCGGUUCGUAUGUUGAACUGCAAAACAAUAUUCUGUUGUUGUGUUGAAUGGUUAUUUGUUUAUUUCGCAGUAUGGAUCUCAGUUUGUUCAUUGUGGUGGAUCAGAUCAUUAACUGUGGAGUACAUCUUAUUUAGUGUGUUUGUUGAGCACAUUCUGAACAUCAAUGAAUAUCUAAUUUGGAGC